AAUAUCGGGCACCUCAUCUCAUCUCCUCGCUGUAGGACAUCAUACGUACAUAAUACAUUUCAUCAAUUGGGCAUCGGAACAGUUGCUGACGUCUCGCUGCCCGCGGGCCGACGGCCGGAGCCCUAACUCUAAAUCACAUCUUUAGUCCUCUUCUCGCCCCCCACUCGAAUCAUCUUGUUUGCGACGCGGUGCUGGUGGUCGAUUUAGCUUUCUGUGGACCUGCUGUAUCGAUUUGUGCACAAUUUUUUUGUUCCAAUUAGUUCUCAAUCCGAUCUUCCGAAGUUACUGGAGAACUUUUGGAUCUUUCAUGUCAUUGCAGCGGUGAGACCAAGAACUUUGGAAGAUCGCUUUCCCUAAAUAUGCAAUUGAGCUUUGGAUUGAUGUCUCUUAGAAUGUGAAAGCGGAUAGAGAAGGGAAAUUUGGAUUCUUUAUGUGAAAUGGAGUCUCUAUGGAAGCUUGCUUACUUGCUGGAACCCGCAUCACUCACUCUCUUUGCGACUGCGAUCUUUGUGACCUUUGCCUCAGCUUCCAGAGCCCUGGAUCAUGGGAAAGAGAUGGAAAGGAACUUGGAUUUUUCAGAGGCGUCAAUUACAUUGGACCGAUCUCAGGCUCUUAUGAUUCCUCUUGCUAGUUCUUGCAGCUUGUUGUUGAUGUUCUAUUUAUUCUCAUCAGUAUCCCAACUUAUCACUGCCUUCACGGCUGUUGCAUCGACAUCCGCUCUCUACUUCUGUCUCUCCCCUUGUAUGGCUUGUGCAAGAUCGCAAUUUGGGUUAAUGGAUCCUCUGGUUUCUAGGUGCUGUUCCAAGUCGUUCACACGCAGCCAAGGGCUAUUGCUUUUCUUAUGCAUAAUGGUUGUGGCAGCUUGGCUAGUUACAGGGCAUUGGCUUCUGAACAAUAUUUUGGGGAUCUGCAUCUGCAUUGCUUUUGUCAGUCAUGUGCGACUGCCAAAUAUUAAAAUCUGCGCACUGCUUCUUGUAUGCUUAUUUAUGUAUGAUAUUUUCUGGGUCUUCUUCUCUGAGAGGUUCUUUGGUGCAAAUGUUAUGGUCUCAGUAGCAACCCAAAAGGCCUCUAACCCUGUACACAAGGUGGCAACGAGCUUGAGUCUUCCAGGAUUACAGCUAAUUACAAAGAAGUUAGAACUUCCUGUUAAGCUUGUGUUCCCAAGAAAUUUGAUGGGUGGACAAGUAAUCACUGGUAGCGGUGGCGGGGAAUACAUGAUGCUGGGUUUAGGAGACAUGGCUAUUCCUGGUAUGCUUCUAGCGUUGGUUCUCUGUUUUGAUCAUAGAAAGAGUAGAGACAUCCCUAUUCCAUUAGAAAAAACAUCCACAAAAAGGAGCACGUAUUUUUGGUGGGCACUCUCCGGAUAUGCAAUUGGAUUGGUUAUCGCCUUGUCUGCUGGAAUACUGACCCAAUCGCCUCAACCUGCUCUUCUUUACCUGGUGCCAUCCACCUUAGGACCUGUUAUUUUCCUUUCUUGGAGAAGGUAUGAAUUGUGGGAGCUGUGGGAUGGAGCUUGCUCAGUCUCAAAUGAGAAAUCCCACUCGAUGGAACCCUAAAUCCUUUCAAUUAGGUCUUUAUUAUAUCGUCAAACUUUUGUAAUUUCGUUUUAAAGCAACACAUGAAAUGCUUAACCUGAGAUCUAUUUAAGAAAUUUUAAUAUAUCAGCAAUGCUUUCUUCUUGCAUAAAUUAA